GGAGACGAACAGAAAUUCGGUGAUCAUGGAGAAGGAGUGCUUCAUUAGGACAAUGGAUGCACUUCUUCCAGAGAUCCAUGUUACCGAGGUGGUCACUGACGCACAUCCUCAAAUCUCAGCAUUGCUCAAUCCUGAACGUGGCAAAUACAAGGCACAGGGUCUGAAGCAUUCCCUCGAUAUUUGGCAUGCAGCCAAGAAUUUGGGGAAGAAGAUCCGACGGGCUGGUACAGUGAGGGACCAGUCAGACCUCCUGCCUUGGAUAAAGGACAUCGUAAACCACUUCUGGUAUUGUGCCAAGCAAGCCUCUUCUGAGGAACAGUUCAAGCUGAAGUGGCAUGCACUCCUGCAUCAUGUCCGCAACCAGCACACAUGGUCAACGGGAUGCUGUGAGCAUGAACCUCUAGGAGACAGAACCCAGGAGAAACCUUGGAUAAAACAAGGUUCAGCAGCUCACCAGGCUCUCACAGCCAUUGUAUUGGACAAGCGGUGGUUGAAGGAUGUGGGGAAGUUCAUUACCUUCAGGACUACAGCGGAUCUGGAGAAUUUCCAGAAUCACAUCCUGAUGUACGCUGGAAAGCGGUUUGCCUACAGUCCAGCAGUGUACCGCACACGGACCCUGCUGGCGGCGAUCGACUACAACAGUCAUAAUCAUCGCCUUCCCGCGCGCAACAGACAAGGUCAAAAGAUGUAAGUGUGAAGUCUCCUGAUCCUCCAGACACAACAGCUAGGAAUUACCACUCUGUUCCCAACUCCAAGGCGACCAUGCUGCCAUAGCACAAAUUGCCGGUAGGCUGUGUGUCUGUAUUGUCUUUGUUCAACCCCGGGCUCCUGUGCAUCAUCAACUGCAAAAAUGUCAUUCCAAGCAGCCCGGGCUAGCCUCAGAACACCCUCAUCCAGGAUGUAGUACUGCAUGUAGGCCAUCCUACUAAUGCAGUUCUGUGGGGCCUGGCGGCAGCAGAGCCUCUCCAGGUCAGAGUCCAUUUCCCGGCAGUUGGUACAGGUACACCAGUGUAGUCCACCCCCAUCAGGUACUCUUGGCCUCUCUCUGUCUUCAUGCAAGGCCAGCACAUCAAACAUCAGUCCUGGGAGCCUCAACAUGACCUUUUGGAGGAUAUGGUCUUUUUCUUGCGCUCCCAGUAACUGGAUCUGGGUCUGGAUUUCUGUGUUUCUCCUCUCCUGCAGAUUCUGGAGUCUUCUCUGACUGUCAGGGUCAAUGUCCUCCCUUCUCCCUUUUCUGCUUCCCUUCCCCCCUCUGCUUUUUGGCCUUGCCCCUGCGCUGGUUGAGGGUGUAAAAUCAGAUGAGCUAGAGGAAUCCUGAAAUAAAUUACAAACGUAUUAUGGUAACUGUAUGAAAGUGAAAUACUUGCAGGCAUGAAUCGUAAUUUAGAACUUUAGUCGCUCAAAAAGCAAGAAGUAGU